UGAGCUAUACAGUGUGCGUUCCUUCCCUUAUAAGUAAUUCUGUGUUCACCUGCUAAGUCUCCUCUUCAUCGUUUCAGUGGCGGCGACGGAGUCGGUCUCAGCUAACCGCGGUUGCUCACUUUGUUUGAACAAGGAGUAGAAUGUCUUGCACCAUCUUCAAUGUUGGGGCUUCUUUUAAUCCUUAUGGACGUACUCUCUGUGGAGGGUCUAAGCCAUUUGGGUUCAGACAAGCCGGUAUUCUUCAAAAGUCUUCAGCUUCGACUCUCUUUGUUGAGCCCUUGAGUUUUAGUUCCACCAAUCGCAAUCUUUUCGGGGAUAAACGCUUCUUUAGUAGCUUUCAGUCAUUUCAUGGUGUUUGCAAUUGUGCUACUAGUACAUCAGAACCGUCAGACUAUGUUGGCGCUGAUAGUAAAAUUGAUUCUGAGGAAAGGGUUAUUGCUCUGGUCAUUGGUGGAGGUGGCCGUGAACACGCACUCUGCUAUGCCUUACAACGAUCACCAUCUUGUGAUGGUGUAUUUUGUGCCCCAGGCAACGCAGGAAUUUCCAAUUCAGGGAGUGCAACUUGUAUCUCAGACCUUGAUGUUUCUGAUGGAGCAGCCGUAGUCUCAUUCUGUCGUGAAUGGGGUGUAGGACUAAUUGUUGUAGGCCCAGAAGCUCCCCUUGUUUCGGGUCUUGUAAACGAUUUGGUUAAGGCAGGAAUCCCAACUUUUGGCCCAUCCUCUGAGGCUGCUGCUUUGGAAGGUUCAAAGAAUUUCAUGAAGUAUUUGUGUGACAAGUAUAAAAUUCCAACUGCCAAGUACAAGACAUUUACGGACCCCUCUGCUGCAAAGCAAUAUAUUCAAGAGCAAGGAGCACCCGUUGUUGUCAAAGCAGAUGGACUGGCUGCUGGAAAAGGAGUUACAGUUGCCAUGACACUGGAAGAAGCGUAUGAAGCUGUUGAUUUAAUGAUGGUGAAGGGUACUUUUGGUUCUGCCGGUUCUCGUGUCAUUAUUGAGGAAUUUCUAGAAGGAGAAGAGGUUUCAUUUUUUGCAUUGGUUGAUGGUGAAAAUGCAAUCCCAUUGGAAUCUGCUCAAGACCAUAAACGAGUCGGUGAUGGCGACACUGGACCUAAUACUGGUGGCAUGGGCGCAUACUCUCCAGCCCCUAUACUAACUAAAGAACUUGAGUCUAUAGUAAUGGAUUCUAUUAUUAUGCCCACUGUGAAAGGAAUGGCAGCAGAAGGUUGCAAGUUUGUUGGGGUUUUGUAUGCCGGGCUUAUGAUAGAAAAGAAGUCUGGCUUGCCUAAGCUAAUAGAAUAUAAUGUGCGCUUUGGCGACCCAGAGUGCCAGGUUCUGAUGGCGAGGUUGGAGUCUGAUUUAGCACGAGUUCUGCUUGCAGCUAGCAGAGGAGAGCUGAAGGGGGUAUCAUUGAACUGGUCUGCAGAAUCUGCCAUGGUUGUGGUAAUGGCAAGCAAGGGGUAUCCAGGACCCUAUGAGAAAGGAACCCUGAUUCAAAACCUCGAAGAAGCUGAUGUCGUUGAUCCUCAGGUUAAAAUCUUUCAUGCUGGAACUGCCUAUGAUCUAGAGGGCAGAUUUAUCGCUAACGGUGGUCGUGUGCUCGGUGUCACUGCCAAAGGAAUUGAUCUCCAACAGGCCCGUGAUCGAGCUUACCGAGCUCUUGAGCAGAUUCAUUGGCCUCAAGGCUUCUACCGCCAAGAUAUUGGUUGGAAAGCCCUUCCGCAGAAUCAAGCUGCUGCAAACAAAUAAAACACCAUUGACAAAGUCAUUGAGAAACUCUCUGGAGAUCAAGCUAAUCAUAAACAUUCAUGUUAGAGAUAGAUCUAAUUGCUUGCUUACCCACAAUGCCAGCAAUAUAUAUUCCUCCACUGCGGAGAUGCGUAGAUGUGAUUUGUAUGGAUGAAUAUCAGGUGGUUCGUUAAGAUAAUAAAAGCUGUCACUCAUUCUACAA